AUGCCUUCUUCCACCUUCGAAACCACCGUUCAGCAAAUUCUCCAAGCUGAGAACGAAGACCAACGCAGCCAACCAUGGAAGAAAGAGAUGAAGGGCCUCAUUGAGACACCAGUCAAUGAUGCAAGUGAAGUUAUUCAGACCGGAGGGGCUUGUGAUGUGCUGAAGUUUAUUUUCCCUUGCUAGGUUGUGCGAAUGUAUGUUGGAGUCCAGUAUCCAUUCGCUAUGUCGGAAUACAGGCUGAUUGAGAGGUGA